CGUGUUGUGACGUGUAUCUGUGUUUGCUGGGGGAUAGGGGGCAAUAACUGGACUCCAGGGGUCACCAGGAACAGGUGUUCUUUUCUACGUUAACAUCUACAUUGACUACAUUAUCCACAAGAGAGCGAAUAUGGUAAAGGAAACCGGAUAUUAUGACCUGCUUGGCGUAAGGCCCUCUGCAUCCUCAGAAGAAAUAAGGAGAGCGUUUAGACGCCUUGCAUUAAAGUAUCACCCUGACAAGAACCCAAGUGCUGGAGAAAAGUUUAAACAGAUCUCUAAAGCCUACGAAGUUCUGCAUGACUCUCGUAAAAGGGAAAUAUAUGACCGCGGCGGUGAGGAUGCCUUGAGCAGAAACCGCACAGGAUGCAGAAACGCCUUCGAUUCUCCAUUGGACAUAUUCAACCUCUUUUUUGGCGGUAGAGGUGGUAGAGGACACCAUCAGGCAGAUAGGAAAGGGAAGUCUGUUGCCCACCACCUCCCCGUGUCAUUGGAUGAUUUGUACAACGGUGCGACAAGAAAGCUGUCCCUACAGAAGAAUGCUAUCUGUGCAAAGUGCAAAGGCAGCGGUGCCAAACAGGGCUCCAUAACUCAGUGUCCCAAGUGCCAGGGGUGCGGAGUGGAGAUACAUUUCCUGACGCACAUUCCUGGAGUCAUGAGCCAGAUCCAGACCGCCUGCUCCGAGUGCAAUGGGAAAGGCGAAUAUAUCCGAUUACGAGAUCUAUGCCAGGUCUGCAGUGGGAGGAAGAUCAUCAGAGAAAAGAAGAUUCUGACUGUGCACAUAGACAAAGGCAUGAAGAGCGGCCAAAAGAUAAUUUUCCAUGAAGAAGGAGACCAGGCUCCCGGCCUUCAACCAGGCGAUAUCAUUAUAGUUUUAGAACAGAAGGUACACCCAGUCUUCCAAAGGAAAGGACAUGACCUGGUAAUGAAAAUGGAGAUCCAGUUGGCCGACGCGCUUUGCGGCUGUAGACAAAGUGUAAAGACUCUCGAUAACAGGGCACUUUUAGUCACUACACAGCCAGGUGAAGUGAUUAAACCUGGGGAUGUUAAAUGUAUUCCGAAUGAAGGGAUGCCCAUUUAUCGGAACCAGUAUGAGAAAGGAAACUUGAUUGUACAGUUCCAGGUGAAGUUCCCAGAGAACGGUUGGCUGGAUGCAGAACAGCUGACCCAGCUGCAAGGCUUGUUCCCUUCCAGAGAAGAGCCGAUCAUUACUGAGGACAUGGAGGAGGUCAGCCUGGCAGAGUACAAUCCCUACGAGGAGCAGAAGCGUCGAGGCAGACAAGAAGUCUAUGAGGAAGAUGAAGCGGAACAUUUGCAGCAAGUCCAAUGCCAAACCUCAUGAUUGAUGCGGUGCUGCCUCCUCUCUGCUGGAUUUGUUUCAGAAUCAGAGUAGUCGGUGCUUGUUUCUACCCUCACUUACGGGGCAGCUAAAAGAAAAUUGGGCACAGCUGAGCCUUUCUACGGACCAUUCUUGCGUCCUUUGCACGCCUGCACCUUGUCUUCCUCAUCGUUCCGCUAUUGGUCCUGGAUGAAAUGAGCCAGCCUCCACCAUCUCCAUGAAGUACAAUUGUUAAAGCCACACCUACUAUUGAUGUGCGGGUCCCAACUGCCCGAUAUCCGCCCUCCCGUCCGAGCUGAGCCGAACUUCUGGGUUCCUUUUAUAGACCCGCCCCGCCCAAUUGAUGAUAUCACAAAAGGGGCGGGGCAAGCAGGCGUGCGGCUAUAAAACCGGAAGUCGGCAGUGUAAGGUGGCAGGCUGGAGAGCAGGAAGAAGAGCUCGACCUGGACCCCACCACCACCCGCAAAUGAGGGUGCGAGGUCAGCCCGAACCUGAUCGUCCCGCGGGUUCCGGGCCUGCCUGCACAUCUCGAACACCUACUAUUAAAAUGGUGCUACCUACUCAAAAAAAAAAA